GACUUAAUGUUGGAAAUGUUUAUAGCUUUAGUGACAUUCCUAGCAUUAUCAGUGACCGCAGCUAUUACCUUGUCUUUAAUAUUCCAUGACUCAAGGCAAUUCACUAAAAUGGAUAAAUUAGUAUUAGUACCUAUUGCAGAUGGAUCAGAGGAGAUGGAAUUAUCAAUUAUUAUUGAUGUUCUCAGAAGAGCAGGUGCAAAAGUUACGGUUGCAUCUGUUUCUAGUAAUCUUCAAAUAGAUGGAUCAAGACAUAUUAAAAUAGUUGCUGAUCAACUUAUUGAGAAUAUAGAUAAUAAUAUUCAAUGGGAUUUGAUUGCAUUACCAGGUGGUAUGCCAGGUGCAUCUAAUCUAUCGGAAUGUAACAAGUUGAUUGAAUUACUUAAAAAGCAAAAGGCAGAACAUAAACUCUUGGCUGCAAUAUGUGCUUCGCCAGCGGUGGUACUAAACAAACACUCACUCCUUGGAAAUGAAGCAACAUGCUAUCCAGCAAAGAACUACAUCGAUCAACUAGGUAGCAAGUAUAUUGAUCAAAGAGUGGUUGUAGAUAGAAACAUCAUCACAUCACAAGGUCCUGCAACUAGCUUUGAAUUUGUUCUCGAACUGGUCAAUCAACUCUAUGGUCCUGAUAAGAAAUCAGAAUUAGCCAAACAAUUGGUUUUGUAA